UUUAAUUUUAGGUAAUUGCACGAUUGUUACUGUGAUCUGGUAGAAAAGACGUAUAGUUCCGUACUUCUUCUUGAAGCAUUCUGUUCUUGUGCUACAAUUACUGGAUCACUUGCAAUGGUUAUCAAUACUCCUAAAAGCGAUUCAAAGUUUAUUUCAUAUUUCUCGAUGUUUGUCAUAUGUCUAGGGCAAACCUUCUUGUUUUGCUAUUUCGGAGAUCGUUUGACCCAGGAGGCAGAAAGCGUUAAAGAUGCUUUGUACUUUAACGAAUGGAUAGAUUUAGAUAAGUCGUUUAAAAAGUCAAUGCUAUUAGUCAUGACACGUAUGUCGAAACCUGUUAGUAUAACAAUGGGUAAAGUUACUCCUGUGAAACUCACCACUUUUAUUCAGAUUGCAAGGGCAGCAUAUUCUUUCAUGGCGCUCCUUCAAAACAGCAACGCUGCAGUUAAGGGCUAA